UGUAAUACCAUCCACUACCUGAGGACAAGUGUGGUGCUGUUUUUCUAUCCCUGGAUAACCUUCACAAAGCAACCACAAACCAGUCAGUCAGAGAAGAGCCAUAUGUAACCCCCAAAUGUAUGGCCAGCUUCACAGCCCACACCAAUAAGAGCGCUAGCAUGAAGUAACAGCUUCCACCAGCCCCACAACAACCUAUAUGUGUUGUCCAGGAGGGUCAUGUGACAGGAGCUUGUACCCUACACGUCGCCGCCACGUCCUCCGCGCAUGCGUUCAGCCCCAGCCGCUUCCUGGUUUUCAUUCCUGAAUGCCCACGUCAUCACACCUCUGCUGUGUGUACACUGGCCACAUCCUCCGCCCCUUCUUCACCCUUCACCCCGCCGCGUCUUCACAGCACCGGGGCCUGCACCCUGACUGUCCAGUGCUGGGGGUUCGUACCUGACAGCAUCCUUCACCAUGAAUUUCCUACGGGGAGUGAUGGGAGGUCAGCAGAGCUCCGGGGUCCAGCCGUCUGGAGCCGACACUAUCCAAAAGCUUUGUGACAGAGUUGCCUCUUCAACCUUACUAGAUGACAGAAGAGAUGCCGUACGAGCUCUUAAGUCCUUGUCCAAGAAAUACCGUCUUGAAGUGGGCACUCAGGCUAUGGACCAUCUGGUGAAUGUAUUACAGACUGACCGUGCCGAUUCAGAAAUUAUUGGCUAUGCUCUGGAUACACUUUACAAUAUCAUAUCUAAUGACGCAGAGGAGGCAGCCGAAUCGGAAGAAGAGAAUCAGCAAGUACAGUCCGAUGAUCUUGGAGUCCAGUUCACAGAAAUGUUCAUUAAACAGGAAAAUAUCACAAUGUUACUGUCUAUUUUAGAGGAGUUUGAUUUCCAUGUACGUUGGCCAGGGGUGAAACUACUGACCAUUCUUCUGAAACAGCAGGGACCUCAAGUUCAGCAGAUUAUUUUGGUCAGCCCUAUGGGUGUUUCCAGACUUAUGGAUUUGCUAGAUGACUCUAGAGAGGUGAUCCGUAAUGAUGGCCUUCUGUUACUACAGCAGUUGACAAAAAACAAUGCAGCCAUACAGAAGAUUGUAGCUUUUGAAAAUGCUUUUGAGAGACUACUUGACAUCAUUACAGAAGAAGGAAGCAGUGAUGGCGGUAUUGUAGUAGAAGAUUGUCUGCUUCUGCUUCAGAAUCUACUGAAGUAUAACAACUCCAAUCAGAACUUCUUUAAAGAGGGCUCCUACAUCCAACGAAUGAAGCCAUGGUUUGAAGUGGGUGAUGACAACUCUGGUUGGUCUGCACAGAAAGUAACAAAUCUACACUUGAUGCUACAGCUUGUAAGGGUUCUGGUAUCUCCAGGGAAUCCUCCAGGGGCCACUAGCAGUUGCCAGAAGUUCAUGUACCAGUGUGGUUUACUGCAACAGCUCUGCAUCAUCUUGAUGGCGACCGGCGUCCCUGCAGACAUUUUAACAGAAACCAUAAACACAGUCUCCGAGGUCAUCAGAGGCAGCCAGGUGAAUCAGGACUAUUUUGCUUCCGUAAAUGCUCCAUCAAAUCCUCCUAGGCCUGCCAUUGUAGUGCUUUUAAUGUCCAUGGUGAAUGAAAGGCAGCCCUUUGUCCUGAGAUGUGCCGUUCUUUAUUGUUUCCAGUGCUUCCUUUACAAGAACCAGAAGGGUCAAGGAGAAAUUGUAGCAACUCUUCUCCCUUCAACUAUUGAUGCUACUUCCUUGUCUGCUGGACAGCUACUCUGUGGAGGUCUCUUUUCUACAGAUUCCCUCUCAAACUGGUGUGCCGCAGUCGCACUGGCUCACGCAUUGUUAGAGAAUGCUACCCAAAAAGAACAACUGCUCAGGGUCCAGCUUGCUACGAGUAUUGGAAAUCCACCUGUGUCUUUGCUACAACAAUGUACCAACAUCUUGGCACAGGGGGAUAAGAUCGACAGACGGGGUAGUAAGGUGCAGACCAGAGUUGGACUUUUAAUGUUGCUGUGCACUUGGUUAACCAACUGUCCCAUUGCUGUUACACAUUUCCUACACAAUGCAUCUAAUGUGCCUUUUCUUACAGGGCAGAUAUCAGAGAACCUUGGAGAAGAGGAGCAGCUUGUUCAGGGCCUGUGUGCCCUACUCCUGGGAAUCUGCAUUUACUAUAAUGAUAACUCACUUGAGAACAAUACCAAAGAGAAGUUAAAGCAAUUGAUAGAAAAGAGAAUAGGAAAGGAGAUCUUUACAGAAAAGCUGAGCUUCAUCACAAAGCAUGAAUUUUAUUCAAAGGCUGCGCAGAAACCUCAGCCAAACUUCUCCAGUCCUGACCACAUGAUGUUUGACCACGAGUUCACCAAGUUAGUUAAGGAAUUAGAGGUGGUCAUUAUCAAAGCUAUCUACAAAUCUAGUGAAGAAGACAAGAAAGAAGAAGAAGUGAAAAAGUCUCUGGAGCAGCAUGACAAUAUCAUAUCUCACUACAAAAAUGUUAUCCGAGAGCAGGACAUGAAACUGGAAGAAUUGCAACAAACAGUCUCUUCUUUACAAGCUAAAAAUGAACAGUUUCAGACUACAAUCUCCCAGCAGCUGGCCCAGAUUCAGCAGCACAAAGAUCAGUAUAAUCUUCUAAAAGUGCAACUAGGCAAAGAUAGCCAGCAUCACAACGCACAUAACAGCAAUGCACAAAUGAAUGGCUUUCAGUCUGAAGAGGUCAGCCGGUUAAAAGAAGAAAUAGAAGAUUUGAAGAAACAGCAUGAAUUAUUACAAGGAGAGCUAUCUGAAAAGAAUGCUCUUUUAGAAAAACUGAAGUACAGCCAAGCUGGGGGUCAGACAGAGCAAUCCACUAGGGUCGCAGAGCAAGUCACAGAGCUUCAAAAGGAAAUGGAAACACUUAGGUCUCAGCUCCACGUUCAGUCUACAGAGAUCAACAGACUACAAGCAGAAAGAAUGGAAUUAGUCCAAAAACUCGAAGCCAGUGCUGCAGUGACAGUGACGGGUGACAGUUCAACAGCUGCUUCCCAAAACAAUGACCAUGAAGAGAAAAUAGCAAGUUUGCUGCAGGAUCUACGUUCAUUGAAGGAUGAACUUAAAGUAGUCUCUGAGGAGAAGUCUUCUUUGAAGCGGGAGCUAGAUUCAGCUCAUAGCACCGCAGCCAUUUUACAAGAUGAGAAACUUAAACUAUCGCAAGAGGUGACUGAAUCCAAGAAAGAACAAGAUGAUCUUUUGAUACUUUUGGCUGAUCAAGACCAAAAAAUCCUCAGUCUGAAGAAUAAACUGAAAGAACUUGGAGAACAGGUGGAGGAUGAGGAUGAUUUGGAGUCUGGAGAUGCCGGUGAUGAAGAUGACCUGGAUGAUGAAGAUAGCAGAGAUGAUGAUAUGUAGAGACUCUCAUUGUGCAAGCAGAUAUCCUGUUUUUUGUUUUUUUUUACAGUAAGAAAACUCUCUAGUAAUUCCCCUAAUUGAACCUAUAAAAUGUUAUGAAGGCAAUGUGAAGGGUAAUACCAAAGUAAGAGCUGUUGCCAUACAUUUUCAAUACAGUUCACACGUCUCCUAGCCUUUUUAUUCAUUAGGGAUAUGGCUGGGUAGUGUGGUCUUUUAUUGCUCUGCCAGUGUUAUAUUGCACCUUAUUCCUUGUGGUGCUCCCCCUUUCCCUUGCCAAGUGCAAAACAUUGCUAUGCAAUGUGAAAUGAUCCCCAGCCCUUAUGCAUCUAGUUGACUCUGCUAAAACUUGCUGCUAUGGCUUCUUCACAGCAAACACUGAAAAAAAUUCUAUCUUAAUGUAGAGACUGGAAUAGUGACAAAUGGGGGUGGAUCAUUUCCUACUCCCCUUGUAACUCUAGACUUUUGAUACAAGUGAAGUAGAGCUGGAAAUGUAAGUCUAGUGCCUUCACACCUGAGACAGCUGCUUUCCUCAGUGGUCAUAUUCGAUUUUGCAUAACCUGUAGAGGCAUCAGUAUUUAUAGCUCUGGUAGAUCCUUAUUUCUUUUAUUUGCACCAAAAUGUCUUUUUAAAACAGAGGGGGGGGUUGCUUAAAACACUUAACACCCUGACAUGUUUAGUCUUAUUGCCAUUGCCACUAAUUCACUGUACCAGUAAUGUCAGAGUUCUAUAAUUUAUUGGCUUAAGUCGGGCCAUAGAGAUUUAGCUACAGAACAACGUUUUAAGAGUGGAAAUAUAAAUUACAUUAAUUUCAUGUUUUACAAAUAAAAUAAUGCAUUUACUUAUGAA